AUGCGCUUCUAUUUUAUGUUGCUAUGGUUGGCAGUCGUCUUACUUGCGGACACUUCGGCGGUAGUACGCUCCGCUACAGACACGGCUGGUCGGUCAUUGUUUGCUGCUGGCAAGGAACACCCAAAAAGGGCUUUGAGAAUCGACGAUGUGGAGAGCGAGGGGAGAGGUGCUGUUCCGGGACUAUCGACAGUCGCGAGGGGCUUGAGAACAAAAGUUCGAUCUGCCCACACAUAUUCAAAAUUUGACCUCUGGUUAUAG